AUGGGGGCUGGGGCUGGGGCUAGGGUUCACUAUCUCCCUGAUGGGUUGGUUUCUUCAUUUGGUAAUGGGAAGAGAUCUAGCCACAAGGAUAAUGGCAGUCCAAAAGGUGGAAACAAAAUGAGAUAUUCAGGACCAGACCUCCCAGAGGAUAUAUGGCGUCAUAUUCAUUCCCUACUGCCACUCCGAGACGCUGCCCGUGCUGCCCUUGUGUCUCGUGCCUUUUUAGAUUCUUGGAGAUGCCGUCCCAACAUAACAUUCAGCAAAACAUCACUGGGCUUGGAUGGCAAGGAUGAAAUAACAAGGGAUUUUAACAGCACAGUUGACCACAUCCUGAAAAAACAUUCUGGUGUUGACUUGAAGAGUCUGAAGAUUGAAUUCUUUGGUUACAAUGCCGACGCCCAUUGUUAUCUCAAUAGUUGGCUCAAGAAUGUUGUUACCCCAGAGCUUGAAGAACUCACCCUAGUGCCACCUCGUUACAACUCAAAAUACUGUUUCCCAUCCUCACUUUUAUCUAAUGGAAGUGGAAACUCAAUUCGGCAUCUACACCUUUCUCGGUGCACCUUCAGUAGUACUGCUGGACUUGAUUGCUUGAAAAAACUGACAACUUUGAGUCUACAUCAGGUGCGAAUCACAGGGGAUGAGUUAGGAUGCCUCCUUUUGAAUUCCACUGCUUUGGAGGACUUGAAUUUACUUUAUUGCAACAAGAUAGGUUGCCUGAAUAUACCUUUUCUUAUGAAGCGGCUCAGCUGUCUCAGUGUGUGUGAAUGUGACAAACUGCAAGUGAUAGAGAUCGAAGCUCCAAAUAUCUCCACUUUCCACUUUUCAUCAUAUGGCCAAGUACAAGUCUCACUUGCAGGAUCAUUGCAUGUGAAGUACAUAACACUGAGCAUGGAGUGUGCCAUCUCUUAUGCUUGUGUCAAGCUUCCUUCCGUUGUGCCAAAUCUGGAAACUCUUUCUAUUAGUUCGUCUUAUGAGGUGGUUGGCACACCGAUGUUGCCGAGCAAAUUCCUACAUCUCAGGUUCUUGGGUAUUACUCUAUGUGGAGCUGCGUUUUCCCGUGCUUAUGACUGCUUCUCGGUGGUUUCUUUUAUUGAUGCCGCACCUUCGCUGGAGAGUUUUGUCUUGGGAGUGUCACAGUUAUGGAUGCAGCAUGGCUCGAUUGUUGGAGAUCCCUCGCCUCUGAGGCAGAUGGCAGGACAACGCCACAACAGCCUCAAGACUCUGACGAUCAAUGGCUUCUGCUCCGCAAAGAGCUUGGUUGAGCUAGCAUGCUAUAUUCUUGAGAAUGCUGCAUCACUUGAUUGCCUUACAUUGGACACCACCUUGGGUCUUCUUCCACGGUGCUCUGUUAUGGUUAUGGAGUCUGGGAAAACGCUCUUGGCCAUUAGAUCGUACAUCAAGGACAAAGUCCCCCCUGCAGUUAAGUUGAAUGUUCUGGGGGCCUUGUAG